AUGGUGGGAUUUCAUCGCAUCAGGACCACGGCAUACCACCCAUCCUCAAAUGGGCUUCUGGAGAGGGCACACCGUACGCUGAAGACCGCGAUCAUUGCCAGAGGACAGGAAUGGAUUCAGUCUUUACCUGUCGUCCUGCUGGGUCUCCGGACGAUGCCAAAUGAGUCUGGUUAUUCGCCUUUCACUGCCGUCACAGGAAGUAGUGAUCAUAGCCUCCAGAACUCCUUCAUUCCUCCAGAUUUGUUUCACACUACCCACGUCUGGCUCAGGAGAGAUCGCGUUCGUCGCUCGCUCGAGGCACCAUACACCGGUCCCUUUCGCGUGCUCAAGAGGGCAGACAAGUGCUUCAUUCUUGAACUUCUAUCUGGCGCUCAUGAAACUGUCUCCAUCGAUCGAUUGAAGCCUGCCUACUUACUACAGUCUUCAUUUACGGCACCGGCACGCCCGUCUCCAUCUCCUGAACCUGUCUCCAGUCCUAGUUUUGGACGUGAGGGCCAUCGUGGACCGACGACGUCGAGCAGCAAGCCACAGCCUGUGCAAGAUGCUGUGGUGCUCCCUCUUCAGCAGCCUCGGACAAGACGGACUGUGCGUAUGAAGAAGGAUCCUGACUAUAUUUACUAUUAG